AUGGUCUCCACACCAGGCAGCCCAACAUCCUCCCCUGUGGGGAGGAAUGAGAGACGGGGGCCUGAUGGUGCAGCAGGAAGUGCUGCUGUUGCUGCAGCGGCAGCAGCAGCAGCAGAUGAUGAGGAUCUGCAUGCAGCGCUGCUGCGGCUGCCGCAGCAUUUGCUGCUGUCUACAGGAAUAAGAGAAGCUGUGCUGCAGCCAGGUGUAGCACCAGACUCUCUAGUACGUAGACACACUACUGCAUGCGACUGCAGCAGCAGCAGCAGCAGCAGCAGCAGCAAUUGCUGUGCCUGUAUGACACUAAAUGGUGCAUUUGCAGCAAGACAUGGUGGACGAGCAGCAGCAGCAGCAGCAGGAGCAGCAGCAGGACACAGCUGCAGCAGGGAGAGUCAUAAGAGGCUAGAUAACCAGCAUAACAGCAGCAGCAGCAGCAGCAGCAGCAGCAGACGUCGUAGCGGGUCUCCAAAGACAUCAGCAGGAGCAGGAGCAGCAGGAGCAGCAGCAGCAGCAGCAGCAAUGAAGCCUCCCUCCUGUGUAACAGCUGUGCUGCAGCAAGAGAAUUUAUUACAAUUGCUGCUGCAGCAAAUGGAGGAAUCAGCAGAAGCAGCAGCAGCAGCAGCAGAAAGAGCAGCAGGAAAUUUUGCUGCUUAUUGUGUUUAUUGUGCUGGGCAUCUUCUUAUACCUGGAUACCUAAGGCUACAUAAGGAUAGACUUAUAUUUAAUGAAUGCCCUCCCUCGAAUGUUGCUGCUAAUGAGUCAAUAAGUAAGAGCGGACAGAUACCUGAGGUGUACAUACACCUCAGGGAUAUAAUAGAGUGUGCAUGCGUUAUGGCUCCUCCUCUUGAUGAUUUAGUUGCUGCUGCUGCUGCAGCAGAACCAGCAGCAGCAGCAACAGCAGCAGCAGCAGUUACAGCAGCAGCUAAACGUAGUAAUACUACUGCUACAUGUAGCUAUCUAGAUGCUGCUGCUGCUGCAGCAGCAGCAGCAGAGCCACCCUCUUAUCUGCAGCUGCUGCUGCGCACAUUAGGAGCAGAGCAGCAGACUCCUCCCUCAGAGCAGCAGCAGCAGCAGCAGCAGCAGCAGCGGCGAGGAAGAAAGAGGGACUCAGCAGGAGGAGGAGGAGGAUCUCUUCUAUUCUCCCCGCGUGACGACGAGUUCCUCACAGGCUCUGCAGCAGCUGCAGCUGCUGCAGCAGCAGCAGCUGCUGCUGCUGCAGCUGCUCAGCAGCAGCAGCAGCAGCAAAAGUUGUCUCCGCAGAGGAGAGGAUCGAUUGGUGAAUGGCUAAAGGCAUGGAGACACUCGAGUCCUCAUGAUGUGUCUCCUUCCCCAGAUACUAGGCAGCAGCAGCAGCAGCAGCAGCAGCAGCAGCAGCAGUUGCUGCAGCAGCAACUGCAGCAGCAGCAGCAGCAACUGCAGCAACUGCAACUGUCUCCAGUUAAGGUGCAGCAAACAAGUCAUGGAGAGAGAAGACGUAGCAGCAGUGGUAGCAGCAGCAGCAGCAGCAGCAGCAGCAGCAGCUAUGCAGCAGCAGCAGCAGCAGCAGCAGCAAGCGACAGUCGUCGUCUUUUUGUUCUUUUUGGAUUUUUAAAUCGAUCGGAGGCAAACGCAUUUACAAGACAAUUAAUUGAUAGAGUAGAUGCAUGGCAAUCAGAAGAUGAAGAAGAAGAGGAGGAAGAGGAAGAAGAAGAGGAGGAAGGAGAGGAGGGAGAGCAGCAGCAGCAGCACCAGCAGCAGCAGCACGAGCGCCGUCGCUCUAUUCGCAACUGUACAAUGGUGCCUUGCUCGUCAAAUGCUGUUGUAAAUGCUUGGGAAGAGGCGUUGGAUCGAUCAGCAGAGAUGACGAUGAUGCAGGCCAAAUCUUCGACUCCUUACGGUAGCUGGGGGUUCGAGGAGGAGGACAUGCAGCAGCAGCAGCAUAAUCAGCUGCAGCAGCAGCAGCAGCAGCAGCAAGUAGAUUUUUGGUUAGAUGAUGAGGGUACAGGAGGAGGAGGAGGAGCAGCAGCAGCAGUUGCUGCUGCACCGCAGCAAGAAGAGAUGAAGGGCCCCCGCUGCUUCUCUAUGCUUGCUGCUGAUGAUGCUGCUGCUGCACCAAUCAUAGAAAGACCACCAGGAGCAGCAGAGUUUGUUACACCACAUAUUGCUGCACAGAUAUGCAUGCAUUUACCUCUUAUGCUUUCUCUUAAGAGAUGGGAGCUUGGCUUCUGUCUUAAGCUACAUGGUGUCUCCUUCCAGACGUUCUUCAGACGUGUAUCUCAUUCAGGGGGUUGUAUUAUAGCAGUAGAAGAUUCAGAAGGAGUUGUCUUUGGUGCAUUUACUGAAGAAUUUCAUAAGUCUUAUAAGUAUUAUGGAUCCGCGGAUACUUUCGUCUUCACGUAUAAGGGCCCUGAUGGGAAACAGCCAGCGGAGAAUCCUGGUUUAGUGUUAAUUUUUAGUGUUUAA